UUAUGUAUCAAACGAACAUACUUACAAUCAAGUCAGUAAAUUUACGUUAGGUUAUGUUUGAUAUAGUAAUAAUAUGUAAACAAUAUUCUGUUUAUGUUAGAUAUUAGACCAUUAGAAAGAAAAAGUAAUUAACUAUACUGUACGUUUUGUGAAUGUGUAUAUGUGAAUUAUAUGGUCGCAAAAAAUAUUCUUAAACUGUUGACUUGAAAAAUGUCAUCUCCAGUAGCUUCUCCCUCAGUGGUAAAGAAGCACAAAAAACACAAAAGUGAAAAACGCGAAAGAGAUGAAAAACCCGGCCUGAAACUUAUUCUGAAAGUGGGUUCUCAAACUACACCUGAACAUGACUCUACUUUUGAUCAAAGUUUACCCUUACCAACUGAAGGUUUAGAAGAGACAAUGCAAAUUGAGAAAAAUGAUCAAUAUUUUGCUACGACCAGGACUCAUCAUAAGAAAUCUAAAAAAAAGAAGAAAAAGAAGGACAAAAAUAAAGAUCGUGAGAAAAAACACAAGCAUCAUCACAAAGAUAAAAAACGAAAGAGAGAGGAUAAUGAAGAAGCAGAGGAAAUGGGAGUUUAUCCCCAGAUAGGCAGUCCUCAAUACAAAUUAUG